AUGAAUAACCAGUCAAUUGAGGAGGCCCCACUGGUGCAUCAACAGAUUUAUGGCGUGAAUAUGUCAGUGGGUCCAAUGUUUAAACUUCUGGUUACCGUUCACAUGUGCAUGCUUUUCAUCUACAUCAAUAGCGUCAUGUUUUACACUGUCCUGAGUAAGCCUGUGUUUAGAGAGUUGCCUCGAUAUGUUCUCUUUGCCUUCACGCUUUGCAAUGACUCAAUGCAGUUGCUUGUGACUAUGUUACUGUACCUUUUAAUGGCAAAUCUUCAGGCAAUUCCUAUACCUUUGUGUGCUUUACUUUCCUUGAUUGCAGAGGUAUCAUUUUAUAAUGCCGCUUUGAACCUGGCUGUAAUGUCACUUGAGCGUUAUGUGGCCAUUUGCUUUCCAUUAAGACACAGUGAGAUUGUGAACCAGAAAUCAGCAGGUAUCAGCAUGGGUCUCAUAUGCUGUUUGAGUUCAAUAAAUAUAAUAAUAGAUAUUAUUCAUUUACUGAUAAAGAAACCAGCAUCUUUUAAAAACUCCAUAUAUUGUACUCGAGAGAGACUUAUCUUGUCACGAUGGCAAUUAGACAUGAGCCAGGGCUUAACUUCCUUUUUCUUUGUGGCUGUAACUUGUAUAUUAAUUUUCACUUACAUUAAUGUUGUACUUGUUGCUCGAUCUGCCUCAUCACAAAAAGACUCUGCUAAAAAGGCCCAUCAAACCAUAUUGCUGCAUUUUGGUCAGUUGGUUCUCUGUGUUAACUCUUUUAUUUAUGGAACUAUAGAGAGAGCCUUGUAUAUGGCCAGCAGCACAGAGUUAUUCCUUCAUCUGCGAUACCUGAAUUUCCUCUUCGUUCUACUUCUGCCUCGGUGCCUGAGUCCAUUGGUUUACGGCCUCAGAGACGACGCUUUGCGACCCUUGUUCUUCUACUACGUCAGGUGUGGGACUCAGAAAGUAAAGCCCUCUGUUAACACACAUUGA